GGCAGAGGUGACCUUUCAGUCCAGUUUUAGUGUCUGAGAAGCAUUGGGUGUUGCUUCUCAGUUACUAGUCAUGGCUGCUGGAUUCAUUUUGUGGGUUUCUUAUAUGGUUUUGCUGCUGGGUGAUGGUGUUCUUUCAACUGUGCGAGAAGGGGACUUCCGAGUCUCUUUAGACAACAAAAACCUUAAAACUGGAGAUUCCAACUCCAUAUUUUCUUAUCAGGGUGAGAAAGAUUGGGCUGACAAGUUUGCUGGUUUGCUCCCCCCAAACUACAUCCAGCCUUCAGUGGCACAGCUGCCAAAUCUGAUCCCAGCUCGCCAAACGCCAGGUAAUGCUCCCAGUGGUGAGGAGGUAGAGAAAAUCGUUAAUGGUGAAGCAAGAGAAUGGGAAUCAAACCUCCUUGAACCAAUCAGAUUUCCUCUAAUUGCAUCGUACCCAAAAGUGGGACCAGAACGGCAAAGGCCAACUUUAAACCAGCCUCAGUCGGCGCCACUUCCUACUUUUCUGGUCAAAAAGCCUGCUGUGCCAAGCCUUGUUGAAAGUAGUUUUGAAAACAAAAACCUUAUGGCCAAGCCUGCUCUGUACGUUGCUGCCUCAUCGCCGAGUUUUCAGUCUCCACCUGCAAGUCCUGUGGUUAAGGAGUCUCCUUUUGGUUCCCUGAACCAGCUGCUCUACACAGUUUCCAGUCCAGGAGGCAAGCCUGUUUUUGAGAGACCUCAAGAGAAAUUUGAAGAGCCCCUGUCUUCAGGCUCGAACGUGAUGGGAUUCGGUGGAACUCGGCCUAAAUACAACCCCGUUCUCGAACAAGAGUCUCACGAAUAUCCCAGUGUUUAUGUUAAACCUCAGAGUUCUCCACCUCUUCGAAACGCAGAGCGUUACAGCCAGGGAAACGGCAUCGACGGUUCAAUUGGUUAUGCUCUUCCAUUGUGGAAACCCUCAUUUCUAGGUCCAGUGGGUGGUCUGUCUUACAGAGAUUGGAUGGGCUUCCCUUUCUCUGGCUUUGGAAAUGACAACCUAUAUUAUGGUCAAAUGGCUUUUAAACCACAAAACUUUAUGACCAACACACAAAACUACUGGGUUCCUCAACUGCACUUUCCCCAAAGAGUCAUCCGACCAUCCAGUCGUCACCCACGUCGCAAAAGCUAUGUUCGCUCUAAAAGUGGCUACCAACGAAGGCGGUUUCUGCAGUCCAAAACCACUUACAUCCCAGGAUUUGGAAAGCCACAAAAAUACACUCCAAAAUCUGAAACUCAAAAGAAAUACCCCCUGAGUCUAACCCCCUUCAGAAAACCUGCACAGAACUCAAGACUACUGGUGCGAGAACCCAUAACCUCAUGGAAACUUUAGGAAAGACUUCAAGAAUGACCUGCCUCCAGGAAGAUGACUGAAAGAAACACUUUUAAAUUUAUAAUAAAUUUUUAAUUUGAUUCCAAUGCUA